GGCACAACAGUGACUUUAACUUUGACAACGUCCUGAUGGGCAUGAUGGCUCUGUUCACAGUGUCCACCUUCGAGGGCUGGCCAGCACUCCUGUAUAAGGCAAUUGAUGCUAAUGGAGAGAACCAUGGUCCUGUCUACAACUACCGUGUUGAGAUCUCCAUCUUCUUCAUCGUCUAUAUCAUCAUCAUCGCCUUCUUCAUGAUGAACAUCUUCGUGGGCUUCGUCAUCAUCACCUUCAGAGAGCAGGGAGAGUCUGAAUAUAAGAACUGCGAGCUGGACAAGAACCAGAGACAGUGUGUAGAGUUUGCUCUGAAGGCCCAGCCAUUGAAGCUGUACAUUCCAAAGAACCCCGUGCAGUAUAAGUUCUGGUCGUUCAUCCAGUCUACAGCGUUUGAAUACGUCAUGUUCGUUCUAAUUCUCCUCAACACUGUCACUUUGGCGGUUCAGCACUAUGAGCAGUCCAAGGUAUUCAGUCAUGUGAUGGACAUCCUCAACAUGGUCUUCACUGGUCUCUUCACUGUGGAGAUGCUGCUCAAACUGCUGGCUCUACGACUCAGGCAUUAUUUCAUAGAUGCCUGGAACUCUUUUGAUGCUCUGAUCGUGGUGGGCAGUGUCGUGGAUAUUGUGGUGACGGAGUUCAGCAGCUCUGAUGACAGUUCCAGAGUGUCCAUCACGUUCUUCCGUCUGUUCCGAGUGAUGCGAUUGGUCAAACUGCUGAGCAAGGGGGAGGGAAUUCGGACGCUGCUCUGGACCUUUGUCAAGUCCCUCCAG